UGUCCCUGCGCCGAGCGCGAGGCUGAGGCUGCAAGGCGCCGGCUGGGCGGACAGGACACUGCAGUUGUACCAGUUUUGAAGCAAAAUAUGGAAUGUGUUUCACUGCUGACUGAACCCAGCCAAAUGAACAGUAUUGACAGUAGUUUGAAAAUCAGCAGUUAGCAGUUUGUUCACUACCCAGCCCUUUCCAGAGAGAACUAAUUGUUUGCAAGAAAUCUGCUUUACAAAUCCGUUACAAUAACCCUCCAACUUUGUCUAUUUAAAUAUUUGCAAAGGGGAAGCAUUUACCUACAAAAGCACACUCUGGGAAAAAUGGCAAUGGAUGAGUACCUGUGGAUGGUCAUUGUGGGUUUUAUUGUCGCUUUUGUUUUGGCAUUUUCAGUUGGUGCAAAUGACGUUGCCAAUUCUUUUGGGACUGCUGUGGGCUCUGGUGUGGUCACUCUGCGCCAGGCCUGCAUUUUGGCUUCAGUUUUUGAAACCGCUGGCUCAGUAUUAUUGGGAGCAAAAGUAGGAGAAACGAUUCGGAAAGGUAUCAUUGAUGUUAAUCUGUACAACAGCACUGUGGAUCUGCUGAUGGCAGGAGAAGUUAGUGCAAUGGUUGGUUCUGCUGUUUGGCAGCUGAUUGCCUCUUUCUUGAAACUCCCAGUAUCUGGGACCCACUGCAUAGUGGGUGCUACCAUUGGAUUCUCACUUGUUGCGAUCGGUACGCAGGGUGUUCAGUGGAUGCAGCUUGUCAAGAUUGUUGCCUCUUGGUUUAUUUCCCCACUGUUAUCUGGUUUGAUGUCUGGACUGCUGUUUCUGCUGAUUAGAUUCUUAAUUUUAAAGAAGGAAGACCCUGUACCCAAUGGUCUUCGUGCACUUCCAGCGUUCUAUGCUGCUACAGUAGCCAUUAAUGUGUUUUCCGUCAUGUACGCAGGGGCACCAGUGCUAGGACUGGUACUUCCUAUAUGGAUAAUAGUCCUAACAUCACUUGGUAUAGCUAUAGUAUUUGCUGUUCUAGUGUGGAUUUUUGUGUGUCCAUGGAUGAAGAGAAAAAUAGCAAGCCGGUUAAAGAAAGAAGCCGCGUUGUCAAGGAUAUCGGAUGAAAGUCUUGAUAAAAUUCAAGAGGAGGAGACACCUGUUUUUAAAGAGCUUCCUGGAGUCAAAGCAACUGAUGAGAGCACAGUUCCCCUCACUGGCCCAAUAACAGAAGCUGCUGGAGUGUCAGAUAGCAGCAUAGCAAAUGGAAACCAUCCCCGUGUGCCAUAUGGAAGGGCUUUUUCUAUGACGCAAACCACCAUGAAAUCUCCUGUUUCCAAUGGCACUUACAAUGUUGACAGCAGCCAUGUGAGGAGUGAUGGCCAGGUGUAUCACACGGUGCAUAAAGACUCAGGAUUGUACAAAGACUUGUUACACAGAAUACAUCUGGACCGGGCAAACAACGAUAGGCCCUCACAAGAAAACAAUUACAAGAUACUGCGUCGCAACAACAGCUACACUUGUUACACAGCUGCCAUCUGUGGAAUGCCAGUACAUGCAUCCUUCAAGGCAGUUGAUCCACCAACCCCAGAAGACAGUGAAAAGUUGGUGGGAGACACAGUGGCCUAUUCUAAAAAGAGAGUUCGCUAUGAUAGCUACUCCAGCUACUGCAAUGCUGUGGCUGAGGCAGAGAUUGAGGCAGACGAAGGCGGUGUGGAAAUGAAGUUGGCAUCGGACCUAGCAGAUCCUAACCAACUCCCAGAAGAUUCUGUAGAAGAGGAAAAGGAGGAGAAGGACACAUCUCAGGUCCACCUACUUUUUCACUUUCUCCAGAUCCUAACAGCCUGCUUUGGAUCUUUUGCCCAUGGCGGUAAUGAUGUCAGCAAUGCAAUUGGUCCUCUGGUAGCUCUGUGGCUUAUAUAUGAACAAGGAGGUGUAAUGCAAGAAGCUGCCACUCCUGUCUGGUUGCUGUUUUAUGGAGGUGUUGGGAUCUGUGUAGGUCUCUGGGUCUGGGGUAGAAGAGUUAUCCAGACUAUGGGUAAAGACCUCACUCCAAUCACACCGUCGAGUGGAUUCACUAUUGAGUUGGCUUCGGCGUUCACAGUUGUGGUAGCUUCCAAUGUUGGACUUCCUGUCAGUACUACACACUGCAAGGUUGGGUCAGUGGUGGCAGUCGGCUGGAUACGUUCGAAGAAGGCUGUUGACUGGCGUCUGUUCCGCAACAUCUUUCUGGCCUGGUUUGUUACGGUUCCUGUCGCUGGCUUGUUCAGUGCUGGAGUCAUGGCGAUCUUGAUGUACGGGAUUCUGCCCUAUGUCUGAAUUGCCACUUCCCCACGAAACAGGCCGAGUAGCCCAAGCUACUCUCCCAUGGCGGGGGAGGAGAGGGAGGAGAAGAGCCCUGCUAACCUGUCCAAUGGAAGUGCUAGUUGACAAGGAUUCAUCUUCCAUAUCUAACUUCUUAUCUACUGUAUAUAACAAUGUGUCAUAUUGGUGACAUGGUGAUAUAAUGUGGUGCCGUUCUUAUAUAUUAAAGAAAUAUAUGCAUAUAGUAGGGAAUAGUACCUAAGUUAUAAUAUAAGUGGGGUGAAAAUAUUGCCUAGAAUUGAAUAUUUAGUAAAGUUUGUACAUAAUGUAACAUUUCAGUGGCGAUUUUUUUAAUCUUUUGAAGAAGAGUAUGGAUUGGGAAAUGUUUCUUGUCUAUUUGAUAUAAGAUAAAGCGAGGUACAGGAUUGCAUAACAUGAAUAUUUUUAAAGUUAAAAGAUACUGGAACAAACCAUGUGCAUAAGUGCUUUUCGUAAGAUAACUUUGUUCAUAUCAGAUUGAUCUUUGUGUACAAUACUAUAUGGCAACUGCUUUUGUAAAUACUUACAAGCAGUAACUUUUUAAUGGUGCAUUUCCCUUAUAUAUUUUGGAUAAGAAAGUUUAGAAAGUACCAAAGAAGCAGGGAAAUAGCUUGCUAGAGUUAUGUUGUCGUCUACCCGUGUGUGUACCUGUGUGUUCCCACUUCUAAUUAAAGAUUGUGUUCACUAAGCUGUCACCAGCAAAGCUGGGAUAGUACUGUUCAUGUUUGAUUGUAACUAGCAAAAAAAAGUAUUUUACAGUUAUGCCUGUUCUCGUUAUUCUGUAUGCUUAACACUACUGUUCAUGUGAUUAGUCAACUAACUUAAUUAUAUUUUGAAUCUGAAAUACACUAAAUAUUCAUCUUCCCCCACUCCUAUCAAAUCUGAACCCAGUCCUGCCAUCAACCUGAACAGGAGCAAGAUCAAGCCUUAAAUAUCUUCUCCUUCCCCAGUAGUUCUCCACCACAGAAUCUCAGAGAAAUGGGUGGGUGAUUACAUGGCCUGUACUCUAAAGUCACGCAUAGAAAUUGAGGAAGGUAGAUAGGUAAUAAGCGUGCCUGGCACUUGGGGAUUAGAAAGUAAUGAAUAAUAAUGGGCCCUGCCCCGUGAAUGAAUUGCUUUCAGGAGUACAGUUGUGUCCUUGAGGCUGUCGGAUCAGCCUGUGUUAUGGAUACUAACAAACACUCUAGGGCCAGGUUUGCAUGUUGAGUAGUACCCUCCUCCCUCCCUGUGUUCUUCAGUGGAAUAAGAUGCUGCUCAUGGUGACUAAGGGCAGGUCUACACUGCAAUCUGAGGUGUGACUGCAGCACAGGCAGACCUGCCUGAACCAGCAUGGCUA